AAUAAUUAUAAUAAUUUGUCAUUGAAACAAAAAUGUUAUACGAUACCUUCUUGCAGAGAGCCUCUUAAGCUUGUUGAUCAAUUUCCACUAUUCAAAAACAGAAAAUAGAAAAGACAAAGGAAACACCAUGUCCAUGGCAGAGUUGGUUGGUGGAGCGUUUCUUUCAUCAUUCUUUCAGGUGGCUCUUGAGAAAUUGUCUUCCAAUGAUUUCAUUGACUAUUUUCGUGGAAGCAAACUUGAUGAUAAACUGCUAGAGAAACUUCUAAUAACACUCAAUUCUAUCAACCGUGUGUUGGAAGAAGCGGAGAUGAAGCAGUACCAAAGCAUGUCCGUGAAGAAGUGGCUUGAUGAUCUUAAACAUAAUGCAUAUGAGGUUGACCAGCUGUUAGAUGAGAUUGCAACUGAUGCACCAUUGAAGAAGCAGAAAUUUGAACCUUCUACUAGCAAGGUAUUCAACUUCUUUUCAUCUUUCAUUAAUCCAUUUGAAUCUAGGAUCAAAGAAUUGCUAGAGAAGUUAGAAUUUCUUGCGAAGCAAAAGGAUAUGCUCGGACUGAAACAAGACACCUGUGCUAGUAGUGAAGGUGGACUCAGUUGGAAACCCUUGAUAAGAUUUCCAACUACAUCUUUGGUGGAUGGAUCGAGCAUAUAUGGUAGAAACGGUGACAAAGAGGAGUUAGUCAACUUUUUACUGUCUGACAUAGACAGCGGCAACCAAGUACCAAUAAUCAGCAUAGUGGGUCUCGGUGGAAUGGGUAAGACCACUCUUGCUCAGCUUGUGUACAAUGACCGCAGGAUGAAAGAGCAUUUUGAACUUAAAGCUUGGGUCUACGUUUCAGAAACUUUUGAUGUUGUUGGACUUACCAAAGCAAUUCUGAGGUCAUUUCACUCUUCAACACAUGCUGAAGAGUUUAAUCUGCUCCAACAUCAAUUGCAGCACAAACUAACUGGUAAGAAAUAUUUGCUUGUUUUAGAUGAUGUCUGGAAUGGGAAUGAGGAAGGUUGGGAGCGCUUACUACUUCCCCUAUGCCAUGGAUCUACUGGAAGUGGAAGUAAAAUUAUUGUGACAACUCGUGACAAGGAGGUAGCAUCUAUCAUGAAGUCCACCAAGGAGCUUAAUUUAGAGAAACUGAAUGAAAGUGAAUGUUGGAGAAUGUUUGUGAGACAUGCUUUUCACGGAAGGAAUGCAAGUGAGUAUCCAAAUCUUGUAUCAAUUGGCAAGAAAAUUGUAGAUAAGUGUGUAGGGUUUCCAUUAGCUGUAAAAACGUUGGGAAAUCUCUUGCGAAGAAAAUUCUCUCAACGUGAAUGGGUUAGGAUAUUGGAGACCGAUAUGUGGCAUUUAUCAGAAGGUGACAAUAACAUUAAUUCAGUACUGAGAUUGAGUUACCAUCAUCUCCCUUCCAUUCUUAAACGUUGUUUUUCUUAUUGUUCCAUAUUUCCCAAAGGUCACAUUUUUGACAAGCGUGAAUUAAUCAAGCUUUGGAUAGCGGAUGGUUUGUUGAAGUGUUGCGGAAGUGACAAAAGUGAAGAAGAGUUGGGUAAUGAGUUAUUUGUUGAUCUAGAAUCAAUUUCAUUUUUCCAGAAAUCAAUACAUGACGAUAAGCGUUUUGUAAUGCACAAUCUUAUCAACGAUUUAGCAAAAUCGAUGGUAGGAGAAUUUUGCUUGCAGAUAGAGGAUGAUAAGGAGCGACAUGUCACUGAAAGGACACGACACAUUUGGUGUUCUCUUCAAUUAAAAGAUGGUGAUAAAAUGACACAACACAUUUAUAAGAUUAAGGGAUUACGUAGUUUAAUGGCACAAGGCGGCUUUGGUGGCAGACACCAGGAGAUAUGCAACACAAUACAACAAGAUUUGUUUUCAAAGCUAAAAUGUUUGCGGAUGUUAUCAUUGAAACGUUGUAACCUUCAAAAGUUAGAUGAUAAGAUAAGCAAUUUAAAGCUUAUGCGUUAUCUAGACCUAUCUCUCACAAAGAUUAAAAGGUUGCCUGAUUCCAUUUGUAACCUAUAUAAUUUACAGACACUACUAUUGGCAUAUUGUCCAUUAACUGAGCUCCCUUCAGAUUUUUACAAACUUACAAACUUACGUCAUCUUGAUCUGGAAGGCACUCUUAUAAAGAAGAUGCCAAAAGAGAUAGGGAGGCUAAACCAUCUUCAGACUCUGACUAAAUUUGUUGUGGUAAAGGACCAUGGGUCUGAUAUUAAGGAGUUGACGGAACUCAACCAGCUUCAAGGGAAACUUUGUAUUUCAGGGUUAGAAAAUGUCAUUAUUCCUGCAGAUGCGCUAGAAGCAAAAUUAAAAGAUAAGAAGCAUUUGGAAGAAUUACAUAUCAUAUACAGUGCUUAUACCACUAGAGAAAUCAAUAAUGAAAUGUCUGUCUUGGAGGCUCUUCAACCAAAUAGCAACCUUAAUAACUUGACCAUCGAACACUACCGCGGCACUAGUUUUCCAAAUUGGAUUCGGGAUUUUCAUUUGUCCAGUUUAGUAUCUCUAAAUCUGAAAGGAUGUCAACUUUGUUCCCAGUUGCCACCAUUUGAGAAGUUUCCCUAUCUCAAUAAUCUUUGUAUUUCAAGCUGUCCUGGAAUAGAGAUCAUUAAUUCAAUUGAUGUUCCAUUCAGGUUCCUUGAAAUUUUGCGAUUUGAGGACAUGUCCAAUUGGAAGGAAUGGUUAUGUGUUGAAGGUUUCCCUUUGCUUAAAGAGCUUUCUAUACGUAAUUGUCCAAAAUUGACAAAAUUUCUACCCCAACACCUUCCUUCUUUGCAGGGAUUGGUGAUUAUUGAUUGCCAAGAGUUGGAGGUUUCAAUUCCCAAGGCUUCUAAUAUUGGUGAACUACAAUUGGUAAGAUGUGAAAACAUUUUGGUAAAUGAUCUACCUUCCAAAUUAACAAGCGCCGUCCUGUAUGGAAAUCAAGUCAUUGCGUCUUACCUAGAGCAAAUUCUAUUCAACAAUGCCUUUCUUAAGAGAUUGAAUGUUGGUGCCAUCGAUAGUGCAAAUCUAGAAUGGUCCUCUUUGGAUUUGCCUUGCUAUAAGUCUCUUGGCUUCCUUUCUAUAAGAAACUGGCACUCCUCGUUUCCAUUUUCCCUACACUUGUUCACCAAUCUUAAAUCUUUAUACUUGUACGAUUGUCCACAACUGGAGUCAUUUCCAAGGAAGGCAACCCUCCCUGCCUGACCAGGCUUGAAAUAAUCAAGUGCCCAAAACUAAUUGCUUUGAGAGGGGAGUGGGGUUUGUUCCAACUCAAUUCUCUAAAAGAUUUCAUUGUUGGUGAUGACUUUGAAAAUGUGGAGUCCUUCCCAGAGGAGAGUCUGCUACCAGAUAAUAUUGACUCUCUUAGCUUGAGAGAAUGUUCAAAGUUAAGAAUAAUAAACUGCAAGGGUCUUCUCCACCUUAAAUCUCUCACAUCUUUAUCUAUUCAACAUUGCCCCAGUCUCGAACGCUUGCCGGAGAAGGGUCUACCAAACUCCCUUUCUCAGUUGUUCAUUCAUAAAUGUCCAUUACUUAAGGAGCAGUACCAAAAGGAGGAAGGAGAGUGCUGGCAUACAAUUUGUCACAUCCCAGUUGUGAAUAUAAUUAACUGAUUAGCUGCUGAAAAGAGAAGGUUUUAAAAAGGAAGCAAAGCAAAAAGUUGUGUAAUGCAAUUUAUGUAAGAAAAAAAUAGAGAAUGAGAUGGAUGUUAGGGAAUGCCUGGACUGUGGUGGAUAGGGCUAGCUUUAAGAGUAAUGAAGAUUAUACCAUGUAUUAAAAUGUUCUAUCAUUAUGCUUUGGAAUCAUUAGCACUCUUUGAAUUCAUUUGAUUUAAUUUUUGUUCUUCCAGA